AGCAGCAGCUGAGCCCCACGGCUACAUGUCCUGCAAGACACAGGCCCCCCAGCAAGGAUUGAUCUGGCUCAGGAUGGCAUUGGUGCUGAGGUGGAGAGUCUCUGCUCUAAAGCCCUCACUAAGAAUACAGAAGAGGGGCCAAGCUAUUGAGUUCAUAACUGGGGUGAAAUGGAAACAAGAAACACUCAAUUAAGAUAAAAAGCAGAAGUAGAAAAAGAGGGGAAUAGAGAAAUCUUAGGACAAGUAGAAAACAACCUAGAAAACAACAUGUUUCUAAAUAACCCCUGUGAGAACCAAUCCUGAACCCUAAAAAAAAGUGUUAAAUUGAGGUGAGUAAAUUAAUACACACAAAUAAAUAUACAAUAGAUAAAAAUCCAUGCGAUGCAGGGACAGCAGCAGUGACAGGGAAAUGUGUAACGUAAAUGCUCCCAUUGGAGAAGAGGAAGUCUCCAAUUGCAAUUCCAGCUCCACCUCAAGAAACAGGAAAGGGAAGGAGAAAACCAAGGCCAGCACAAGGAAGGAAAUAACAGAGCGCAGAAGCCAGUGAAACUGAAAACACAGACAGAACAGAGAAAAUCGCACAAACAAAAGCUGGGUCUUUGAAAACAAUGAUUAUGUCAGCAAACUCUUUAAAAGAUGACAAAGGAAAAGAGAGACGACACUGAUUACCAGGAUGGGACGGGAAGCAGGGCUGUUACUGCAGAGCCUGCGGGCACCGGGGCUCCCAGGGAUCCUGUGCAGCGUUACUCACACUUGACAUUCUGGGUGAAAUGGGCCAAUUGCUUGAAAAAGCACAACGCACACCUCAGUAAGAAGAGAAACCUCACCUCUCUUCAGGGUGUUUCAGUGCAAGGAACUGCUCAGGUGCUGGUCCCACCCACAGCGGAGGCCUUGAGGGGGAUGCAGUCAGGAAGUUGGGCGAGAGCCACACUGAGCCAGUGCAACCAGGACACAGGCCUCAGAAGUGUUUGUCUUCCGGGGCUGGGUCAGAGGGAAAACGAAACUCUUGAUCAGAGAAGGCUGGGCCCGAGGCAGCAGCACACAGACACAGCUGCACAGGAGGAUGGCUCCGGUGAAACUGCAGGAGCUGCGUCGGCCAGCCUCAGGUCUGUCCUGACCGACAAGGCCAUAGUGAAGAAGGAGCUGCUUUAUUUUGUUGCCGGGAAAGACAAGUACCGUGUCAAUAACAAGCAUGACCAGAAGUACUCCCCGCUGCCUCCCAACGAAAUCGUGCGUCGGGCGGAGGAGAAGGUGGGGCGGGAGAUACUCUACAAUGUGACCAGGGACAACUGUGAGCACUUCGUGAAUGAGCUGCGUUACGGAGUCUCCCGCAGCGACCAGGUCACCGAAGCGGUCGUGGCGGGCAGCAUGAUGGCUGGCGGCAUGAUGGCUGGCAGCAUGAUGGCACUCCGCAUGGCAGCCCGCUUUUUACCUGGUUUGUCAGUAGGCCUCGGCCUGGGCCUGGCCGUCUCGGCCCUCAUUGGGUCCCUGAAGGACACAGGCGAGCAAGCAGGAAGUACAGAAAGGCCAAGGAAUCAUACCAGCAGCAGCCGAAAGAGAGAAUGAAAUAGAAGAGGGGAAGAAAAGAUACAAAGGGGCAGGAAAUAUACAAAGACAUCAGUGGCUGCAUCCUACACGUUUCCUACUGGGGAUCCAGCCUCCGGGAAUUGAACCAGGGACCCCUUGGUUCGUGGAUCAACAAUCAACCACUGAGCCACCCAGCCAGGCCAUUUAGGCUGCUUUUCAUGGAGCUAUAAAAGCACAGAAAGAUUUCAUUGGGAUAUACGGCCUGGUGUGAAUGCUAUUAAAGACACAGUUGGGCUAUGU